AUGAAUAUGGUGUUACAAUGUAUUCUUUCCUUCCACAGACAUGAUGACAGCAUAACAUGUGCUGGUCGUAUUGCCAUUCAAUCAUUUUAUUCUCCACAAUGUGAAUAUUCCAACAUGGAAUGGGAAAUGCUUUCCUGCAUCAGAUCUUUGAAAAGCAUGCUGGGGUCUUCAAAUGCAGUUGCUGUUAUAACUUUCCCUCCAUCUCUGAUUUUACCAUCCUUCUCAAAGAGGUGGCAGCAUUUGGCUGACAUCUUACUCUCUAUCAAAGCAAUCCCAGAUGAGGACAAGGAUUUAUCUAAUCUCCUCACUGGUUACCAAGAUAUGUUUGGCCUUCUUAAUGUGCAUAAAGUGGCUCGUUUCAAUACUCAGCGAGUUGAAUCUUUUUCUAUCUUGUCCGCAGGUCCCAUUUAUUCUGGAUGCAACCACAUUCUCAAUGAAGCUCAAAAAACGAAAAUCAUUGAUUUUAGAAUGUCUAAAUCAAGCCCCGUAGACGGUUCAAGUGGGAGUUCUUAUGGCACUUCUGGUAGUUGUUCUGGCUCCUCCAAGGCAGGGAAACUCGAUUUUUAA